GAGGCCUCACGCGGGGGGCGGGCGCCGGGGCCGAGGGUAGCUUGAGCGCGGCGGCGGCGUUGUUCAGUCACAGCGAGAACAUUCCAGAGGUCGCCAGGCUCCGGCGCUGACGGGUGUGGACCGCGGACGUCGCUGGGACAGCCCCUCCCCGCUGCUCGGCGGCGGCACCUGGCCCGGCCGCUCCUCGCUGCGCUCCGCCUCCGCCUCCUCGGACUCGGACUCGGGUUUAUAUCGCGCCUCACUUCAUCCCAGUCCCGGGCGAGCAGCGUUGGGUUUAUGUCUUUAUUUGACGAAAACGAGCUGUUGCGCAGCCAUUGGUACCUGUAUUGGGGAAACAUAGCAUACAAGCAAGAAGCUUACAGCCUCAGUGGCGAAAAUUUUUUCAUGUCAGAGACCGAGAACUCUUGCAGUCGUUUAUGUCAUCCCUUCUUCUCCAGACAGAAGAUACCAAAAAGUUGCAAUCAAAGAUCUCUUCAUCUUAUUGAUAAAGCCACUAAUAAUAAGCCAAAAUGUCUGUCAACGUCAACCGCAGCGUGUCAGACCAGUUCUAUCGCUACAAGAUGCCCCGUCUGAUUGCCAAGGUUGAGGGCAAAGGAAAUGGAAUCAAGACAGUUAUAGUCAACAUGGUUGACGUUGCCAAGGCGCUUAAUCGGCCUCCAACGUAUCCCACCAAAUAUUUUGGUUGUGAGCCGGGAGCACAGACCCAGUUUGAUGUUAAGAAUGACCGUUACAUUGUCAAUGGAUCUCAUGAGGCGAAUAAGCUGCAAGACAUGUUGGAUGGAUUCAUUAAAAAAUUUGUUCUCUGUCCUGAAUGUGAGAAUCCUGAAACAGAUCUGCAUGUCAAUCCAAAGAAGCAAACAAUAGGUAAUUCUUGUAAAGCCUGUGGCUAUCGAGGCAUGCUUGACACACAUCAUAAACUCUGCACAUUCAUUCUCAAAAACCCACCUGAGAAUAGUGACAGUGGUACAGGAAAGAAAGAAAAGGAGAAGAAAAAUAGAAAGGGCAAAGACAAGGAAAAUGGUUCCGUAUCCAGCAGUGAGACACCACCACCACCACCGCCAAAUGAAAUUAGUCCUCCUCCACAUACAGUGCAGGAAGAAGAGGAGGAUGAUGACUGGGGAGAAGAUACAACUGAGGAAGCUCAGAGACGUCGAAUGGAUGAAAUCAGUGACCAUGCAAAAGUUCUGACUCUUAGCGAUGAUUUGGAAAGAACAGUUGAGGAGCGGGUCAAUAUCCUGUUUGAUUUUGUUAAGAAGAAGAAAGAAGAGGGUAUUAUUGAUUCAUCUGACAAAGAAAUUGUGGCUGAAGCAGAAAGACUAGAUGUAAAAGCCAUGGGCCCUCUUGUUCUGACUGAAGUUCUUUUUAAUGAGAAGAUCAGAGAACAGAUUAAGAAAUAUAGGCGCCAUUUCCUACGAUUUUGUCACAACAACAAAAAAGCUCAACGGUACCUCCUUCAUGGUUUGGAGUGUGUGGUAGCAAUGCAUCAAGCUCAGCUUCUCUCCAAGAUUCCACAUAUCUUGAAGGAGAUGUAUGAUGCAGACCUUUUAGAAGAAGAGGUCAUCAUCAGCUGGUCGGAAAAGGCCUCUAAGAAAUAUGUUUCCAAAGAACUUGCCAAAGAGAUUCGUGUCAAAGCAGAACCAUUUAUUAAAUGGUUGAAGGAGGCAGAGGAAGAAUCUUCUGGUGGUGAAGAAGAAGAUGAAGAUGAGAACAUUGAGGUGGUGUAUUCGAAGACUGCCAGUGUACCGAAAGUUGAAACCGUAAAGUCCGACAACAAGGAUGACGACAUUGAUAUUGAUGCCAUUUAAGGGGAUGGGUGCAACCUAGCUUAACAGUGUGAUGCUGCACAUUUUUUUCCAUUAUCAGCCAGAAGUGCAACAUGUAUGUGCAAAAGCUAAAAUGGCUUAACAUCAUGCUACACUUUACACUAAAAAUCUCUUACUGUGAGUGGUCUGUAAUUAAGCCCAGUGAGACAUCUAGGGAGUCCAUACACAUCAGUGAGCAGAUGUAGUUUGCUUAUUUAUAGCAUGUUUCUUUUUGAAAAAACUAGUGGUGGACACAUUUGGAUCACAUUUAUACAGUUAUAAAAAUAAAGAUUUGAUUUUGGUCAUUCUACAGAUGUUUGGCUCUGAAUGACUUAAGCUGAAGUAACUGGCUCCUUUUUUAAAUGUGCCAUCAUUUCACCUGAUGAGCAUUCUUGGAGCCUGCUAGUUAUCGUUAGGUGCUGAGGCUGUAAAGAGGUCUUCAGCAGAAGGUAAAGCAAACUUACUUGUAAUUACCUUAUUCAGCCCAUUAAAUAUAGUACUAAAGUUUUAACCUCUAGUCCCUCAAAUCGGCAUCUGGUAAUGUAUGUUGUGAGGUAGAUUGAUGAAUGACAGUGCAGCAUCUUACCAAGAAGUAAAUAUGAUCUGAUGACCUGAGUGUCGUAUAAGAGCAGGUUUUGGAACUUGGAGAGUUGUUUUCUUACAUCGUGUGCACUUGCCCCAAAUCGUAGUCUUUGAAAUCAUAUGCAUUGCACAUUGGAUGAGCCAGGGAAAUUAUUACAUUAACAAGCAUUUUGUGUGUAUGUAGUAGUUACGUAGUACUGAGAUAAUUUGCUUUGGGGUGCAAUUAAACAAUAAACUGAUUUUAUUUGGGAGAAACAGGGAAGAGUGCACUUAUUAGCGACCUAAGCAUAAUUUUUCAGCUUUUGCCCUUAGGGUUUAAAUUACAAUUCCAAAAUGUUACACAUACUAUAUCUUUUUGUUCAGUGUGGCUCCCCACCUGCCCCCCCACCAUGGUUGUUCUUUAAUGCCUUUUACAUUUGGACACAGUUUCUGCUUUUUAGAUUUUGGUUGCUGUCUUGCCAAAAUAAGUGUUUACUGUGUUUCAAAUUUGAUUUUUUUUCCCCCCAGAAUGUCUUAUUUAAAAAGAAAGCUAAAAGUAUACUUCUAAGUCAGAGCCUCUAUUUUGGUGUAAGACUUGGGAUAUUUUUUACUUCACAUUGAAUAUAGCCAGGCAGCCAAGAGGUCUGAUGGCCACCUGAGUGCAGGUGACAAAGAUCUGACAGCCUAUGCAGGGCUUUAGAAUUGGACACACAAGAGUCGAUAACUUGCCUGUGAACUCCUUGCCUGAUCUAAACUCAAUAUGAGAUCCGAUUGUGUUUGAGUAAUCAUCUUCAAGGUUAAACUUGUUGACAGUUACCCCUUUUCACAAAGUGCACAGUGGGAAUUGAGAGUCGAUAGGGUUAAUUUUCGAGCAGUGGCUUAUUCACCUCUUUUUUUGUGACUUACCUCACAGAUAAUGAGACUUUAACAAGCAUAAAAAAUUUUUCACAUUGAAACAAGACAAACCAUUUGAUGUAAUAAAACCUUGUUGGCCUGCUGUUUUAAGGAAUUGAAACCUAGCAAUCUUACUGGAGAGGCAAGAAUUGGCCUUCAGCUAACUUUGAUAGAUUCUAGUGCAAGUGGAGCAGGAGCCACAUACCUGGAGGGAAUGCGCUUUGUCACGCCAAAGAGGUUUUUUUUCUUAAAACUCGAUGUUGCCUAGGUUUCAAAUUCUUUGCCGCUGGUUUGCUUUCAUUAACUGGAAUUCUAAAGGAGAUACUGGUGACCUAAGCUAAGUUGCAUUGAACGUAGUGUCGAGCUAAUGAGGUUCUGUCAUAAAGCUACUUUUUAUCUGAGGGAAAACAUUCAGGGCUUCUAAAACACUAAAAAUUUUAGCUUAGACCAGUCAGUGUUCAGUCUGGUGCCAAACUUCCAAUGGAAUUCAAAUUCACAUAAUCUGAACCUUGUUCACAGGUUAUCGUAAUAGAGUAAUUCUUCACUUUGCUCUAUUAAACUGUCUUAAGGAUUUCUUGUUUUCAAACAGCUAAGUUACUUGAUUAAAAUAAUGAUAAAAUUGUA